CUAUGCUCUUCCCAUCAGUGGCUCUCCCCGUUUCCUGAGCCGGAUCUAUGCAUACCUAGUGCUGCAGAGUCCGGGGACAUCCCCGUGUUUAGGGUGUUUAGGAUGAGCAUGGAAGAUUAUGACUAUCUGUUCAAGAUAGUCCUGAUAGGAAAUGCUGGCGUUGGGAAGACAUGUCUUGUCCGGCGCUUUACUCAGGGCCUUUUCCCACCUGGACAAGGGGCUACCAUCGGAGUAGAUUUCAUGAUUAAAACCGUGGAAAUCAAAGGGGAGAAGGUCAAGCUGCAGAUAUGGGACACGGCUGGACAGGAGAGAUUUCGCUCCAUCACUCAGAGUUAUUACCGUAGUGCCAACGCCCUCAUUCUCACGUAUGACAUUACCUGUGAGGACUCCUUCAGGUGCCUUCCAGAGUGGCUGAGGGAGAUUGAGCAGUAUGCCAACAACCAAGUGGUGACUAUAUUAGUCGGUAAUAAAAUAGACCUGGCAGAGAAGAGGGAGGUUCUCAGACAGAGGGCUGAAGAUUUCGCUGAGUCCCAGAGCAUGCUGUAUCUGGAGACCUCGGCCAAGGAGUCCGACAACGUGGAGAAACUGUUCCUGGACCUGGCCUGCGAACUCAUCCGGGAGGCCAAGCAGAACAAGCUGGAUAACAAUGACACUGCCCCGAUGCCCGGCGAGGGUAAAACCAUCAGUUACUUGACCUGCUGCAGCCUGAAUUAGACAGAGCUCCAGACCGAGCCUCUGGCCGUGCUAACUCAGUAGCCAUUGACUGUAGAGAGCAAACGGCUGAGCCCCUAUGCCUCCGUCCCUCUAAAGAUGGCAUCAAGCCUCUAAUUUCUCUCAUUUCUAGUCCCAUGCCUUUUAAAAGCUGUACAAAGGAGUCCGUCAAUUUGAGUUCUUCAUGGAGAGCAUUAUCCUCAGUGCAACAGGGUGUAGUGUUUGUCUGCCUGAUGCAUCCGAGAAUCUGAGUAGGGCUCAAUUUUGUCCUCUUCAUGCUGAAAUGGCAGAACUCUCCUGUUUGGAUUUGAGGCUCCAUUGUCAUUAAAUAUUCACCAGCAGUAUUACGUGAGUGAAAAAGCUCAACCAGGUAUUUUGUUACAGAUUCAACCGAGCUGACAAAAAGCUUCCCGAUCCUUGGAGGUGAUCGGUUCACGGUAACAAAAUGUUUACACACGGAAUGUUUUUAAGAUGACCAAGUCCGAUCGAGUUGCGAGAAAACGUCGCAAACUUUUCCUGAAAUCAGUUGCACAAUCUUUACAACUUAUUUUUCCCACUCCGGUUCCCUCAGCUCUGAGAAUUGCAUAAAAUGUUAUUAACUUUUCAUAAUCCCAUUUUCUGUGUAGUUAUUUGCACCUGUCAUUACAAACUGUGAAAAUAUUUGUUCCCAGUAGAUUUUUACUUGCUGCUAAAAUAUGUUUUUAUGUCGGAUUAAACAUGAAUUAAAACGCGUAUAGAUGCUACAUUGAAAAAGUGACAUUAUUUUUGUGUGCUUGCAGUAAGUUGAUUUAGUAUGAAGCAAGUUGGAAGGCCUCUGAAAUUAUGUUUUUGACCAUCAGCUGUUACUUUAACCCAUAGUCGUGAAUAUUUCUGCCUUCGUUGUUGCUGCCUAGCCAUGAAAUUGUAAAACUUCAUUUAUUUUGAAGACGUUUGUCCAUGUAGUUUCCAAUGACUCGUUGUACUUCACAUGCUUUGAUUGUGAAAUGUGUCCAGCAUGUUUUUACCAUAAUUUGUAGUGUCUAACUUUAUCUUUCAUAUAUUUGCCAUACCUGUAUUGUACUGUAUUGCACAACGCCAUUUACUGCA